AUGAGUGACCAUAAAAAGUACAAAGAAUAUACUGUCGAUGAAGUACUGAAACACAACACCAAAAAAUCCCUUUGGAUUAUAAUAAGAGACGAAGUGUUUGAUGUGACAAAGUUUGUGGACAGCCAUCCCGGCGGUUGUGAUCCCAUUAUGAACUUCGCGGGAAAGGACUCGACCACUGUUUUCGUAGGCAAUCAUUCAGACGACGCGGAAAAGAUGAAAAAUCAGUUCAAAAUCGGUGUCAUUAAGAAAACAUGA